AUGAAUCAUUUUGAUGAGAGUCCUGCUCCAGCACCUAAUGUUCCAGUGCCAAUAGAUGCAAGUUGGGUUUUGGUAACAUCAUUCAGUGCUUUGCUAACAAUUUUGGGAUUUGCAUUCAUUAGUUCUGGCGCAGUUCGUUAUAAAUCAGUGCAGUCGUCAGUGAUAACAGUGUUGUUAGGAUCAGUCCUGACUAUUUUGUUUUUCUGGCUUGUAGGAUAUGGAUUCGCCUUUGGAGAUGACAAGGGAAACAAAUUCAUUGGUUUAAGUAAAUUUGCAGGAAUCGGGUACACAGUCGAGUCUCCCACUGACGAUUACACAAAUUUGAUAUUCUCAACAGUCGGAGCAGUCAUCGUUGCAUCUCUCUUUGGAUUAGGAACACUUGAAAGAUCCAGAUUCUUUUCAGUUAGUUUAUGCAUAGCAUUCAUCACUGCAGUAUUAUACCCAAUAGCACUUCAUUGGAUAUAACCUACUGGAUGGUUGAGUAAAUUUGGAUUCGUGGAUUUUGCAGGAUCAACAUAUAUUCACGUUUUCGGUGCAAUCACAGCCUUGGUUGUUUCAUACUUUUUGAAGGAGAGAAGAGAUCAAGCUGGCAAUGUGCAUCCAGGCAUUUUCCCUCAUCAUUCUCCAAUUAACAUCGGAUAUGGAUCAUUUAUAUUGACAAUUGCAAUCCUAAUAUUCAUUAACGGUGCCAAUACACAAGGAAAGAACGAUAAGUACGAAUAGGGAUUGAUAGCAGUCAAUACUAUUGUAGCAGCUACAUUAUCAGCUCUUACUAGUUUUAUAUUAUAAUACUUGAAAACUCAUAAGACAAGGGGAAGUGUUGCUGGAAUUGUAGCUAUUUCAGCAUUGGCUAACGAUGUUAGAAUUUGGGAAUCUGCUCUUACUGGUGUUUUGGCUGGUUUAGUGUAUAUUGUCCUCAUACUUGUUAUUAAGAGAUCACAUGUUGAUGACCCUGCUUACACUAUAGCUUCACAUUUGGGUCCUGGUCUCUUGGGAACUAUUUUGGUUGGUUUUCUAGGUCUUACCAAUGGUUGGGUUACUGGUCAUGGACCUAAAUAAUUGGGAUUAUAAUUAGUAGGAAUCUUGGCAUUUAUUGGAUGGGGACUAUUGGUUGCCAUCUUAAUUAUUCCACUAAAAGGUACUGGUGCAUUUAAAAUUAAUCCAUUCUAAGAAUCAUAGGGAAUAGAUGUCAGUUAUGCUGAAGGAGAAGCCAUUCAAUUCCUCGAUGAACACCCAGAACCUGCAUUGUUAAGCAGUUCUCCCAAGAAGGGAAUCUUCCAAUGAUUAAUAAUAUGUUUUCAUACAAAUAAAUACAUAUGUGAAAUAUUAAAAAUUCAA